AUGGCCGAUACCAAGCAAGCACCCGCUGCGGCGGCUGAGGCCAAGACCGAGACGAAGACCCGUCCAACCAUGCCGGACGAGGCCGAAUACCAGAAGAAGCUGAAGAUUGCCGAGAAGGAGCACAAGGAAGCGCUUGACCAGCUGAACGCCAUCAAGGCCAAAAUCGAUAUUGCCAUGCCCAAUAAAAAUAAGGACCAGCAAUCACCGACUCAAAAGCGCCGCGCCGAGCUCAUUGCUCAGGCCAAUGAGAUCCGCCAGAAGCAGGGUGCCGGGAAGAACGCCCGCACCUCCAAGCUCGACCAGAUCAAGCGCCUCGACGAGCAGCUGCGCUCGCGCAUUACCGAGCAGAAGACUGCCCGCUCCAAGGUCAACUUCAAGAGCGUCGAGGAGGUCGACCGUCAGAUCGAGAAGCUCGAGUCUCAGGUCAACUCGGGCAGCAUGAAGAUCGUCGAUGAGAAGAAGGCCCUCGCUGAGAUUUCUUCCCUGCGCAAGCUGAAGAAGAACUUCUCCCAGUUUGACGACUCGCAGAAGCAGAUCGACGACCUCAAGGCCAAGAUCAAGGAGAUCAAAGACUCGAUGGAGGACCCCGAGGCCAAGGCCAUGUCGGAGCAGUACAACAAGAUCCAGGCCGAGUUGGACGUCAUCAAGGCCGAGGGCGACGAGGCCUACAAGAACCUCUCUUCGCUCCGCGAUGAGCGGUCCAGACUCCACAAUCUUCAAAACGAAAAGUACCAAGCCGUCAAGACCAUUAAGGAUGAGUAUUGGCAGCAGCGCAAGGCCGCCCAAUCCUACGAGCGUGAGGCCCGCGAGAAGGCUCGUGAGAGAAGAAAGGCCGAGCAGGAGCGCUACCAGAAAGAGCGGAAGAAGGCCGACGCGGAGAAGUUCCUCGCCGAGGCUAGCGACCCCGCUUACCUCGAGGAGAUCCGCCGCGCCAACAGCCUACUCCAGUUCCUCGACCCCACCCACAAGGUCGAGAAGGCCCCUCUCCAGGCCGACAGCGGCCUCAGCGCUCAGGCUUCCCGUACCGUCGACGACUCCGGUCUCAAGGGCGUCAAGAUCCUCUCCAAGAAGGACCGUGACGAAGAGCUUUUCCCUGCCACCAAGAAGGGUAAGAAGGGCAAGAAGACGGGUGCCUCGGAGGAGAAGGCUGGCAAGUACAGCUGCCCGCCCUCCGUUGUCGAGGACUGCGCUUUCAUGGGCAUCGACCCUCCCAUGAGCCAGGCCGAUGUCCCCGCCGUCGUCGAGAAGGUCAAGGCCAAGCUUGAGCACUGGAAGUCGGACCAGGAGGCCCAGACGCAGCGCAACAUUGAGAAAGCCAAGAAGCAACUUGAGAAGCUCGACGCCGACGAGGCCAACGGCGUCACCAGCAACGGCGAUGCGGUCGAGGAGGUUACCAAGAACCUCGAGGAGACCUCCGUCGAGGACAAGGCAUAG